UAUGAUGCAACUGAUUGAAAAGCACAAGGUUCACUCAGAAAGGGAUAUGGAUAGUCCAGACCAACUGCAAUUUUCUAACCUUCAGAGCGAGAAGAAAAACUGUGGAAUGCUUUGUAGGGAAUUUGCGGAGAAGAACCGGGAGUUGAGGCAACUUAAUGGAGAAGAGCUGCAAGGACUUGGCUUGGAGGAAUUAAUGAAAUUGGAGAAAAUAGUCGAGGGAGGAAUAAGUCGUGUCAUGAAAAUUAAGGGUGACAAGUUUAGGAGAGAGAUCAGCUCCCUUAAGAAAAAGGAAGCUCAACUGCUAGAAGAGAAUUCACAGUUGAAACAGCAAUCAGAAGCAAGAUUGAAUGAAGUUGAGGGCCAUAAUGCAAUUGAGGGAGGACAUUCGGCAGACUCUAUCACGACCAAUCGCAGCUUAGUCAAUAGUCAUCACGAUUACAUUGACUCUGAUACUAGCCUCAAGUUAGGCUUGCCUUUUCCUUAUUGAGCUUGGUUUGAGAAGUGAAGAUAUAUAGUUACUGAAAGAAGAAAGGGUAACUCUCUAUUGAUGCAUCAUCUAAUGAAAUAUAUAAAUUGAUUAGACCAGUUGACCAGACCUCGAAAAACUGUGAGAUUAAUCGAGGAGGGGUUAACAGUCUAAUGAGAAACUAAUGUUGUUUCAAGCAGAUGUGGCUAGAGCUAUAUAUAGGUACUAUCGUCUAUCGGUUGAUAUUCUAUUCAAUCAUAUGUACUAUAUCAUCUUAAUUUGCAAGGUCAAGUGAUGCCUUGAAUUGGCUAGUUCGUGUAUAUAUUGUUGUAUUUAGGACUUAACCAUCCCUUAUGGAAGCACUUUGUAAUUCGA